AGUCCUGGGUGUGAAACAGAUUCUUUCCGUUUCACCAUUCCGUCACCGAAAGUAUCACUUCCGUUUCUGGAUAGGCCAAGUUAUCAUGAUGAUGAGGCUAAGGCCCCUAGCCCGGGCUCUUACAGCUCCCAACUUACUGAAACACUCAGUUCGAUGCAGUUCUGCAGUGGCCACACAACCUGAGAAAAUUGAAGUUUUUAUUGAUGAUAAACCUGUCUACGUGUACCCCGGCACAACAGUUUUACAGGCGUGUGCUGAAGCUGGAGUCCAGAUUCCACGUUAUUGUUACCAUGAGCGAUUGUCCAUCGCUGGCAACUGCAGAAUGUGUCUGGUGGAGGUGGAGAAAUCCGCUAAGCCUGUGGCUUCCUGCGCUAUGCCAGUAAUGAAAGGCAUGAGAGUGAAGACAGACUCGGACUUGUCCAAAAAAGCCCGGGAGGGAGUGAUGGAGUUUUUAUUGGUGAAUCAUCCCCUGGAUUGUCCUAUCUGUGAUCAGGGAGGUGAAUGUGACUUACAGGAUCAGUCCAUGGUAUUUGGAAGUGACAGAAGUCGAUUCACUGACAUCAACUUUGCUGGGAAAAGGGCGGUGGAAGAUAAAAAUAUUGGUCCUUUGGUGAAAACAAUAAUGACGAGAUGCAUUCACUGCACCCGAUGUAUCAGAUUUGCUAGUGAAGUAGCUGGUGUUGAUGAUCUUGGUACGACAGGAAGAGGAAGUGAUAUGCAGGUUGGAACCUACGUGGAAAAACUAUUCCGCUCAGAGCUGUCUGGAAACGUCAUAGAUCUGUGUCCGGUCGGAGCACUGACCUCUAAACCAUAUGCUUUCACGGCACGACCCUGGGAAACAAGGAAAAUCGAGAGCGUGGAUGUGAUGGAUGCUGUCGGGAGCAAUAUCGUGGUCAGCACGAGGUCAGGGGAGGUCAUGCGUAUCCUUCCCCGAAUGAAUGAGGAGAUCAAUGAGGAGUGGAUCUCGGAUAAGACGAGGUUUGCUUACGAUGGUCUGAAGCGACAGCGACUGACGUUCCCCUACGUCAAGGACCAGUCGGGGAAUCUCAAACAGACGAAUUGGGAGGAUGCGCUGAUCACUGCUUCAUCAAUGAUUCAUAAUUACGAAGGUGAUCAGAUCGCUGGUCUGGUGGGAGGACUUGUAGACGCUGAGUCUCUCAUUGCCCUGAAGGAUCUGCUUAACAAGCUCGGGAGCGAGUCAUUGUGUAGUGAAGAAAUCUUCCCCAUGGAUGGGGCCGGGACUGACCUUCGCUCCAACUAUCUGUUGAACACUGGGAUAGCUGCAGUAGAGGAGGCGGACCUUGUUCUAUUUAUAGGAACCAAUCCGAGACUGGAGGCCCCGCUUCUGAACACAAGGGUCAGGAAAAGUUGGAUUUACAAUGACCUUCAAGUUGCCCUCGUAGGGUCAAAGGUAGACUUGACUUACGAAUAUGAUUACCUAGGAGACUCCACUGAUGUUCUGAAGAAAAUAGCUGAUGGAUCUCACCCCUUCUGUAAGACUCUGAACAAAGCGCGGCGCCCAAUGGUGGUGGUGGGAAGCUCCACUCUACAGAGGACGGACUCCGCAGCCCUUCAUGCGGCGGUGUCCACGAUCGCUCAGACAGCUAGGGUACAGUCCGAGUGUGGAGAUUCGUGGCGAGUCCUAAACAUCCUCCACAGGGUAGCCAGUCAGGUGGCUGCUCUAGAUCUGGGUUAUAAGGCAGGUGUGGACUACAUCAGGAAGAACCCUCCCAAAGUUCUCUUCCUCUUGGGGGCUGACGAGGGCGUCCUUACCCGAGAAGACCUCCCCAAGGACUGCUUCAUCAUCUACCAAGGUCACCAUGGAGACAAAGGAGCCACCAUGGCUGACGUUGUUUUCCCCGGAGCAGCUUACACAGAAAAAGAUGCGACAUAUGUCAACACGGAGGGCCGUGCCCAGCAGACCAGACUCGCUGUGUCGCCCCCGGGCAUGGCGAGGGAAGACUGGAAGAUCAUCCGAGCUCUGUCUGAGGUCCUGGACCAUCCCCUGCCAUACGACACUCUGAAUGAGGUCCGCAGCCGUCUGGAAGAUGUGGCGCCGAGUCUCGCUCGAUACGGAGAGGCAGAGGAGGCUAAUUAUUUUAAACAGGCAAACGAACUAGCUAAGACAGUGAAAGGUCAACUAGGUUCACAACCUUUGACACCGCCUCUACAAAAGCUAGAAGAUUUCUACAUGACAGACUCGAUCAGUCGCGCAUCACAGACCAUGGCCAAAUGUGUGCAGGCCGUGAAAGAGGCGGACAAAAAUCCGUACAUGCAGUGACUGUAGGGAGUGUGUUACCGGCUCCCCCAGGGAGAGGGACAGUCAACGGAGUAUUACCAGUGGAAAUGACACUGAGAUAAAGAGAACCUUUUUUUUUGUUAUGUGUUACUCAUCAUUGUAAAUAAAAAGAUAUUUAAGGAGUGGAA